AACCAACCCACAUUAUAUUCAUCGCCUCCUCGACGGAUUUUCCCACACUUUCUCACCACUUUAAAUCUCUCUCCCCCAAAACUUUCUCACCCUCCAAACACUUUUCUCUCUCUAAAACUCUCUCUCUCUCUCUCUCGAAAUUUAAACAUGGCUCUAGCUACCCAGCCCACCACUAACCUCCUCCAAAACCCCUUCCUCUCCUCCAAACCCCAACCCAGACCCCAGCAGCUCCCCACGGCCGUCCCCUGCCCGGCCCGGCGUCGUUCAGGCUCCGUCCAAUGCUCCGUCGCCGUCGCGCCCGCCGCGGCCUCCAAGGUCUCCAAGGAGUACAAGGUCAAGUCGGUGAAGGCGAGGCAGAUCAUUGAUAGCAGGGGCAAUCCGACCGUCGAGGUUGAUCUGGUCACCGACGAUCUGUAUCGAUCGGCCGUGCCCAGUGGCGCCUCUACCGGAAUCUACGAGGCGUUGGAGCUCAGGGACGGUGACAAGGCGGUCUACGGCGGGAAAGGUGUGCUCACUGCUGUGAAGAAUAUCAAUGAGAUUUUGGGACCCAAGCUCAUUGGCGUCGAUGUCAGAAAUCAAAAUGAGGUCGAUGCACUUAUGCUGGAAAUCGAUGGAACCCCAAACAAGUCGAAACUGGGGGCCAAUGCCAUUUUGGGAGUAUCUCUGAGCGUGUGUAGAGCGGGAGCAGGAGCAAAGGGAGUGCCAUUGUACAAGCACAUCCAGGAAGUGUCGGGAAUAAAGGAGCUCGUUAUGCCUGUCCCGGCUUUCAAUGUGAUCAAUGGAGGCAGCCAUGCUGGAAAUAAUCUGGCAAUGCAGGAGUUUAUGAUCCUGCCUGUGGGUGCAUCCUCGUUCGCUGAGGCACUCCGCAUGGGUAGUGAAGUUUACCAUACACUAAAGGGAAUUAUCAAGGCAAAAUAUGGACAGGAUGCUUGCAAUGUUGGAGAUGAAGGGGGGUUUGCUCCCAAUGUGCAGGAUAACAGGGAGGGACUGGUUUUGCUCAUUGAUGCUAUCGAAAAGGCUGGUUACACCGGAAAGAUCAAAAUCGGAAUGGAUGUUGCAGCCUCGGAAUUUCUCACUAAAGAAGGGAAAUACGAUCUCAACUUUAAGAAACAACCAAAUGACGGAGCCCAUGUGCUCUCUCCUCCGAACCUUGGCGAGCUGUACAAGGAGUUCAUUAAGGAAUUCCCGAUUGUGUCCAUUGAAGAUCCAUUCGACCAAGACGAUUGGAGCUCGUGGUCUUCACUUCAGUCUUCUGUCGAUAUCCAACUCGUCGGAGAUGACUUGUUGGUCACAAAUCCAACAAAAAUUGCUGAAGCCAUUCAGAAGAAGGCAUGCAAUGGCUUACUUCUAAAGGUCAACCAGAUUGGCACAAUAACUGAAUCUAUUCAGGCAGCACUCGAUGCGAAAGCUGCAGGUUGGGGUGUCAUGGUCAGCCACCGGAGUGGAGAAACUGAAGAUAACUUUAUCGCUGAUCUUUCCGUUGGCUUGGCCAGUGGACAGAUCAAGACCGGAGCUCCCUGCCGGAGUGAGCGGUUGGCCAAGUAUAAUCAGCUUCUGCGUAUUGAAGAGGAACUCGGCAAUGUGCGUUAUGCUGGCGAAGCUUUCAGAUCUCCGUAAGCUUCGAAAUUUUUACUAGAUCAUUCAUUCAAGUCAUCUAAGCAUCCAUCCAAUUCAGAUUUCCUGGAAAAUCUACACAAAUUCUUAUAGAGGUUAUCAAGUUAGGUGUCUUUAGGGUAGUUCCAUGUGCCGAAUUCUGGGCACAAGACACCGGGCUUCUUCGUCUUCAAUCCAAACAUCUCGGUCAAUAAAGAAGUUGCUGGUCUCGAUCAAUCAUCUUCAUGAGUUUAUAUGGAACCGGUCGAACGACAGGCAUCCAGUUCGACUUUGUAGUUCUUGUGUGGCAUUGUAAUGUAAUGCACUGUAUCAUAUUUCAACUUGUCGACUAAAUCUUGAAAUGUUUUAGAGGCACAA